AACCACACAUCAUGAGCAACGUGCGUACUAUAAAAGCACCUUUUUGAUGCAUUGUUAUCAAACAAGGUCUCCUACAGCAUUAGGGAUAAGAACUAAGUGGCUAGGCCUGCUAGUAGUUCUGAAAUUUUCGUAAAAGUUGUGAUCUAUCCUCAACAAGGUACAGCAUGCAAAUCUUCGUCAAGACACUGACCGGCAAGACCGUCACCCUCGAUGUCGAGGCUGUCGACACUAUUCAAAACAUCAAGGGCAAGAUCGAGGACAAGGAAGGUAUCCCACCAGAUCAGCAGCGCCUGAUCUUCGCUGGCAAGCAGCUUGAAGAUGCCCGUGCUCUCUCGGACUACAACAUACAGAAGGGAUCCACAUUGCAUCUGGUACUGCGCCUUCGAGGCGGUAUGCAAGUCUUCGUCAAAAUGUUAACUGGCAGAACCAUGGCCAUCGAUACCGAGCCAGAGGACACAGUCGAAGCCCUGAAAGUCAAAGUUUCCGAAAGACUAGAAGAAAUCCCGCCAAACCAGCAGCGCUUGAUCUUUGCCGGCAAACAGUUGGAAGACGGUCGCACCCUUUCAGAAUACAGCAUCAUCAAGGGAUCGACUCUGCACUUGGUUCUGCGGUUAAAGGGCGGGAUGCAAAUAUUCGUGAAAACGCUGACUGGCAAGACAAUCACCCUCGAGGUUGAGCCAUCUGAUACUAUUGAAAACGUUAAGGCAAAAAUUCAAGAUAAGGAAGGAAUUCCCCCGGAUCAGCAGCGUUUGAUUUUCGCUGGCAAGCAGCUGGAAGAUGGUCGUACACUGUCCGACUAUAACAUUCAGAAAGAGAGCACCUUGCAUUUGGUUCUACGUCUUCGUGGAGGAAUGCAAAUUUUCGUGAAAACUCUAACUGGAAAGACCAUCACCCUUGAGGUGGAGCCAUCGGACACCAUUGAAAAUGUCAAGGCUAAGAUUCAGGAUAAGGAAGGUAUUCCUCCAGAUCAACAGCGUCUGAUUUUCGCUGGCAAGCAACUGGAAGAUGGUCGUACUUUGUCUGACUAUAACAUUCAGAAGGAGAGCACUUUGCAUCUCGUCCUACGUCUUCGCGGAGGAAUGCAAAUUUUUGUCAAGACUCUCACCGGAAAGACCAUUACCCUUGAAGUUGAACCUUCGGACACCAUUGAAAAUGUCAAAGCUAAGAUUCAGGAUAAGGAGGGUAUCCCACCAGAUCAACAGCGUCUGAUUUUCGCUGGCAAGCAGCUGGAAGAUGGUCGUACCUUGUCCGACUACAACAUUCAGAAGGAAAGCACGCUACAUCUGGUGCUACGUCUUCGUGGAGGAAUGCAAAUUUUCGUGAAAACCCUGACUGGAAAGACCAUUACUCUCGAGGUCGAGCCUUCAGAUACCAUUGAAAAUGUCAAAGCUAAGAUUCAGGAUAAGGAGGGCAUUCCUCCAGAUCAACAGCGUCUAAUUUUUGCAGGCAAGCAACUUGAAGAUGGUCGCACUUUGUCCGACUACAACAUUCAGAAGGAAAGCACUCUCCAUCUAGUUCUCCGACUUCGUGGAGGUAUGCAAAUCUUCGUGAAAACCCUAACUGGAAAGACCAUUACCCUUGAAGUCGAACCUUCUGACACCAUUGAAAACGUCAAGGCCAAGAUUCAGGAUAAGGAAGGCAUUCCCCCAGAUCAACAACGUCUAAUUUUCGCUGGCAAACAGCUGGAAGAUGGUCGCACUCUGUCUGACUACAACAUUCAAAAGGAAAGCACUCUACAUCUUGUUCUCCGUCUUCGUGGAGGAAUGCAAAUCUUCGUGAAAACCCUGACUGGAAAGACCAUUACCCUCGAGGUGGAGCCUUCGGACACCAUUGAAAACGUCAAGGCCAAGAUUCAGGACAAGGAGGGCAUUCCUCCAGAUCAACAGCGUCUGAUUUUUGCAGGCAAGCAACUUGAAGAUGGUCGCACUUUGUCCGACUACAACAUUCAGAAGGAAAGCACUCUCCAUCUGGUUCUCCGACUUCGUGGAGGAAUGCAAAUUUUCGUGAAAACCCUGACUGGAAAGACCAUUACCCUUGAAGUCGAACCUUCGGACACCAUUGAAAACGUCAAAGCCAAGAUACAGGACAAGGAAGGCAUUCCUCCAGAUCAACAGCGUCUGAUUUUUGCUGGCAAGCAACUUGAGGAUGGUCGCACCCUGUCUGAUUACAACAUUCAGAAAGAAAGUACUCUGCAUUUAGUAUUGCGAUUGAGAGGCGGGCAAUAAGUCAAAUAA